UAUCUGGGAGGCUGAGGCGGCGGAGGGACGGCCAUCGUUGUGCUGCUGUCGGGGCUCAUCUUUAACCCUUUGGAUUCUCCGUCUGCGCAAAGACUUUUGGGGGACCCUUCUCCUGGGGCAUCUCCGGGGGGACCAUGGGGCUGCACUGUAUCAUGCCUCGCCUGUCCUUCAUCAAAGGAGGGAAGAAAACGAAGCCGCUGCUGCGUACGGGGACCCUGAGAAAGCCGCGUAGGCUACAGAGUCAGGACUACCAGGCCCUCCUGGAGAAGAGCUUAGGGGGGAAACAGUUGUUUGUGGACGAGACUUUCCCGGCCAGUUUGGCCUCCAUUGGAAGUGGGUGCCUGCUGGACAAGCUCCCAGACUGCGUGGAGUGGAAAAGGCCUCACGAGCUGGUGCAGAACCCCCAAUUCUGUACGGAAAAUGCCAGUGAAUUUGGGCUCCACCAAGGCCUCACAGAGAACUGCUGGUUCCUGGCCGCCCUCUCCUCCCUGACGUUCCAUCCUGACAUCCUGACCAACGUGGUGCCGCAGAACCAGAGCUUCAACAAGAGUUACGGGGGCAUCUUCCACUUUCGGUUCUGGCGUUUCGGGGAAUGGGUCGACGUUGUGGUGGAUGACCGACUUCCCGUGAAUGGUGAAGGAAAACUCCUGUUCGUCUCGUCGGUCCGAAAAAACCUCUUUUGGGGCCCGCUCCUGGAGAAAGCCUACGCCAAACUGUGCGGCUCCUACGAGGACAUGCAGAUUGGCCAAGUGUCCGAGGCCCUGGUGGACUUCACCGGUGGGGUAAAUAUGAGCAUCAAGAUGGCGCAGGCGCCCCCAGACCUGUUCCAGAUCAUGAUGAGAGCUCAGAACAGCGGAUCCCUAAUGGGCUGCCAGACGCAGACAGGGCCUGAAAGGGUUCUGGACAACGGGCUGGUUACAGGCCACGCCUACACGGUGAUGGACGUCAGGCAGGUGACAGUCAAAUCUGUGACGGAGAACUUGGUGAAACUGAGAAAUCCCUGGGGAAAGAUCGAAUGGACGGGAAAAUGGAGCGACAGGUGCCCCAAAUGGGAGCAGCUCAGCUACAAGGAGAGGCUUUUCCUCAGAAAGAGAAGAGAAGAUGGAGAAUUUUGGAUGUCCAUCGAAGACUUUGAAGCCCACUUUGUAGAACUGGUGAUCUGCAAACUGACCCCAGACCUAAUGAGCCACGAGAUUGGGAAAGAGUGGACUUUAUCCAUGCAGUGCGGCAGAUGGAGCGCCGGAAGCACGGCCGGGGGCAGGAUGACUUACACAGAGUCCUAUUGGCUGAACCCACAGUACCGCCUCAAGAUUCUCAAAGGGGACGACAUGGAAAAAUUCACAAAUUCCUGCAACGUUCUGGUGUCCCUUAUGCAGAAACAGAGCCACAAACACAGGAACCAAUCCCCUCCUCUGUACAUUGGCAUGUCUGUAUUCCUGGUGCCAUUUGAGUACCAAGGUGUAAAGAGAUUACCACAGAAAUUUUUCCUGACCCACCGCCCAAUCAACAACAAAUGUGUAUUUAUCAACGAGCGAGAGGUGACUCAGGAUUAUCACCUGAUGCCGGGAUCUUACGUUAUCAUCCCGUCCACCGCUGAGCCAAACCAGGAGUGUGAAUUCAUCCUGAGAGUGUUCUCUAGGAAGCACCUGCUACAGGAGCAGACGGAGAGUCCGAACAUCGUCCUUUGCUGCAAGAAAAUUGCUGAAAGACACAGAAAUGGCAUCUGGGAAACUUUCUUCAACAAGUACUUUGAAAAGCACCCGGAAAUCAAAGUCGCCCAACUGCAGCAGCUGUUGAACAAAAUCACAUGGACAAACUCCAAGCAAGCGCCGGGAAAAUUCAGUUUUGACGACUGCAAACUCAUAAUGGCCCUAUUGGAUAUGAAAACAUCUGGAACCCUAAACAUGCAAGAGUUCCGAGGUCUGUGGAAGCGACUUCUCUCUUAUCAAGAGAUUUUCCAAAGGAGGGACGUGGAUAAAACCGGAUAUUUAAAGCUUAAUGACCUGCAGGCUGCCAUUAAAGAAAGAGGAAUUACGUUGCACCGUCAGUUCUACAACCUCGUGGCUCUGCGAUACGGUGACUCGCUCCUGAAAAUGAGUUUUGAGAAUUUCGCCUGUCUUAUGCUGAGGAUAGAGAUUAAUGAUGGCUCUGCUGGUCCUCCCUCUAUAUCAGUACCUAGGCUCCAACGCUCAUUGUCAUUAAAGCCCCUUCAACCACCUGCACCACGGGUCUUCUCACACCCUUUCGCUGCUUCAUGCCGCCGUCACCGCAGUCCAGCGGGACAGAAGUUUUUCACAACCUGAGCCAAGAUGGGAAAGGGAUUUAUCUCCAGGAGGCCGAGUGGAUGCUGCUGACUCUCUACUCGUGAGGAACAUAUAGACCUACAAGCUGAACCCUCACGGAAAACUUGCAGAAUUUUUUAAGAAUUCAGACAAUUUGUCAAUAUUUUUGUAUUUUUUUUAAAUAUUGGACCAAACCUUCUUUGAACUCAGGAAACUCUCGAUGUCCGGAAACAUUUCACCAUAUUUCCCUCGCACUUUGGCCGGGGCAGCGUCUCGUGUAUUUUUAAAUAUUUUAUUUCAGUCUUAAGUAUUUGCCGUAUUUAUUUAUUUUUCCAUCGCUCCCAUCCGAGCGGCUCCGCCCAAUUACAGAG